AUGGCCAAGGUUGCGAAAGCAAAAACGCCUGCUGAUACCAAGCCCAAAGCUACUAGAUCCAAAAAGACUACUAGAUCUUCAACUUCCGACGACGAGAUGCCCAAGACAUCUACCAAGAAGUCUACCACCAAGACUCGAGAUGGCAAGAAGAAGAAGGAUCCCAAUGCACCCAAGCGAGGUCUUUCAGCGUACAUGUUCUUUGCCAAUGAGCAGAGAGAUACUGUGAGAGAAGAGAACCCUGGCAUCAGCUUCGGUCAAGUUGGUAAAGUUCUUGGUGACAAGUGGAAAGCCCUGAACGAGAAACAACGUCAACCGUAUGAGGCCAAGGCCGCAGCUGAUAAGAAGCGAUACGAAGAAGAGAAAGCCAAAUAUCAGGCUGGUGAUGACGACGAGGAUGGAUCCGAAUAA